AUCCUUUUUAACUCUUUUUUUUUUUUGGCAUGGAGUCGGAGGUUUUGUGGAAGAUGGAGAUAAUCAGAAAGGCAGAGGAGUUGGUAGAGACAGAAAUGAGUGGAAACGAUGCUUCACAUGAUGUAGCCCAUGCUUUUCGAGUUCGAGACCUUGCCCUUUCACUUGCUCAUGAAGAAACCCUUUCUACAUCUCCAGAUUCCAUCUUAAUCGUGGAACUGGCUGCUCUUCUACAUGAUAUAGGUGACUACAAAUACAUAAGGGAUCCAUCUGAGGCAGAGAUCGUUGAGGAAUUUCUUCAGGGGCAAGGCAUAGAGGAAGGGAUGAAGAUAAAGAUAUUGAAUAUAAUUAAGGGGAUGGGUUUCAAGGAAGAAGCGGGAGGGCUUGCAAAUACGAAUUAUUCAAUAGAGUUUGGGGUGGUGCAAGAUGCCGAUCGGCUUGAUGCGAUUGGUGCAAUAGGAAUCGCCCGUUGCUUUACUUUCGGUGGAAGCAGGCAUAGAGUACUCCAUGACCCUAAAAUUGAACCUCGAUCAGAUCUGUCUAAGGAAAAUUACAUGAACAAAGAAGAGCAGACUACUGUAAAUCAUUUUCAUGAGAAGCUUCUCAAAUUGAAGGACUUGAUGAAGACAAAGGCUGGUAAGAGAAGGGCUGAGAAAAGGCACAAAUUUAUGGAGGAUUUUCUGAAGGAGUUCUAUGAAGAGUGGGAUGGGAGGGCUUAAAUGAGAUUGAGAAGUUUUACUAUCGACCAAUGACCAAACAACAUAUAGUGCGCUGGUGUGCCUCUCACGACUUCUUGGGUGUUGUGUUAUUCCUAUCUUGUUUAAACAUUUCAGUUGGUUUGUUACUCUAGAGUUUUGCUCCAAUCAACUUUGUAAUGAUCAUGUAUUCGUGCUAGAAUAUUUGAUACUUUAUGUUCAUUCUAUUAAGCAUCCAACUUGAGAUGUUGAUAUUGAGGCUAUAUUAGCACUUCAUUUAAAUCCAAAGUGAUUUGUUAUUUUCA